CAGAGUGAGGAUAAAACACAUAAUAUAAGAAUAAUAACAUCUCGUAACAAGAAGAAGGUUUUUUUAAAUUAAUUAAUUUUAGUUUUUUUGUUAAAUUUUAAGAACUGUUUAACAAACACUUGUUUGUGCAGGUUGUUUUUUAACUAUAUCCUACACCUGCAGCUCUGUUUAACUUCUCACUUUGUGAAAAAUUAAUGAAAUCUAAAAAAGGCCACCUUCAAAUAAAUAAAAUGCAGCAGUGCACCAUUAAUAUUAUAAAUAUGAUAUGUAGAUAUUUAAAACAACAGCAUAUUAAAUGAUAUUGUGUGCAGAUAAUAUUUUUAGGAAGCAGAAUUUGAAUGCAGACCAACUCAAAUGUUGAAGCCUACAAAUAUAUCAUCCAAGCUUUCAUUUAUGAUUGUUCAUGCUUUGAAAUUGUGAUGUCAGAAUUUGUGCAGUGCUAGGUGUAGCAAAACAUUGCUUAUUAAAUCUACUGUGUAAUAGCACCAAACUAAUAGAGCUAUCACAUAACUGAGAAAGUUGUGUGGCUUAUUACAAAUGGAUGAAACCACAUAUUACCUUAAUGAAGACAGUAAUCUUUAAUAAGGUGUAGAAAAAAAGAGGUGAGUUGUUUGUUGCUGUGGUAAACAAAGAAGUGUACUGAAUCUUUUGGACUACACAGAGUUAUGUAGUAUUGACUCUGAUGCUGAUUUGAGUUGUCUCAUUCUGUAUUUUUGUGCUUUGUCUUUUGUUACACAGAAUGAAAGAGAUCUUUGGUUUUGCCUUUGCUGACUGCUGAUCUGAUCGUCUCAAGUCUGGUGACCUGCUGCAGAAAACCCUCUCCCUCUAUCGUUGACAAGCCAUUAACAAGCAAAUUCAGUCUGUCCUAUCACUCUCCCUCUCCCUGCUCCAUCUUUUUUGACAAGCCAUUCUAUCUUCUAUCAUUUCUCCGCCAUGAGCUCUAUCUAAUUUUGACAAGCUUGAACCUGUGUUGACAAGAAAUCUAAGUUUGACAAGAAACCAAGUUUGACAAGAAACCAAGUUUUUGGAAAUUGAAGUUACCACAACUUCGUCGAUCUGUUUUCAGAAAUCUGAGAGAUCUCUGCUCUCACUGCUCCUUCUUUCCUGUUGUUAAACUCUCUCAUAUCUACUAAUUUUGCUGGAAAUUGCAAGUAGAAAGUUGAAUAUACAGUAGUAGAAUUACAGUACAGUAGAUUUUACAGUACAAACUACUUACACAGCCCCACAUUUAUAGUUUUGACUUGGCAUUACAUUGAUAGUGCAAUUACUUUGAUAAAUUAUAUAAAAUAUACACAUUUUUAAAGGCUUAUCUGUAACGAGAUAAUUGGUUAUUUUGUAAUACAUACAUUCAGGCUGCUGUAUUCACAUAAAUAUUAAAUCAGAUCCGAAUACAUUUUUCAAGUCUGUUUCAUUGACUAUAACAUUUGACUACAGUAAGUUAUAUAUAAAUACUAUUGUUAUUCAAACCCAUUUCUAUUACUCAGUGUAAGUGUUCAGUCACAAUUGUCAUUGAGAAGCUGCCCUGAGGUCCCAGACUUCCUGUUUCCUGACUGCUGCAGAACAUCCAGCUGAAGAAUCCUCAUCGCCUGUCAUCUGAUCACCGCACCACCACAGCUCCAUAUAGUUGAUUUAAGUUUUAGAUAUCUGAAAGAUUUACAUAAAAUCUAUUUAAGAGCCAGAAGUUUUAUUAUAUCCUGUUGAUUGUUGUGAUUUCUAAAUAUCCUGUUACAGAAGUAUAGAUCUAAUCAUUAACCAGUCUGGUUAAAAAAUACAGUUUCUGAAAAAGCUACAAUAAAACUGACCCAAGUGUUUUCAGAGAACUUUGAAUAUCUUUAAUAUUGAGUUUGGAUUUAAGUCAGCCUUUUACAUCAUUUACAUAUCCAUAAGAACAUUUGAAUAAUUUUGCAUUUCUCAGAUUUGAUAGCAAUUUGAAGACUUAAAAGUUUUUCACUCUUUCCAGAUUGAGUUUUGUUUAUAUUUGUGUAGAAAUACACAUAAGGUGUAGUUUGUACUUAACAAAAUGCCAAGGAAAGGUCAAAGGUCGCAGUCUCAGAAGCUUAGACGCCAAAAGCAGAAAGAGCAGGUAAAUGUGUCUCAGAGUGGUGAGCAGGUAAAGGUGUCUGUCACAACUUUUUCCAGUCCAGAAGUGCAGAGUAGCGUUCAGACAGCCGCAGUAUCUUAUGCAGAUGUGGUAAAGCGAGGUGUUCGUUCAGUGUCUGUGCCAAAGGCUGAAGUGCAACAAGUAAGACAGACUAAACCCCAGGUAACUGUGCAAAUGCAACAUGAUGGAGAAACUCCAGGACCAUCUCAUGUACAGGUUACAAACAGAGAAAGUCGUCCACGAGUGAGCAGCGUUUGUGCGUCCCGAAGCCAGGCCUCUCCUAAGUAUGGAAAGUACCGGAAUCAGCAAUGCAUGGCUAACAGUUUGGUUUUCCUAUCAUUCUUGCAUGAGGAUGAAUUCAUUACGAGAGCAGAUCUUAACCGUGUGUUGGACAAAGGCCAUGCCGUGUAUUCAGAUGCCAGAAAGAGGUUUGUGAACAGCGUGUUUCUAGCCUGCGAUGAGCUUCCCACAGUGGUCACCAGCCGCGGACACGAGUAUCAAGUGGACAUGUCUCAGUUUGCUCGUUACGGCACAUUCGAUGGUACAGAUCAUCUUCCGAGCCUUGAACAGGGACUACAGUGUUUGGCUUCAGAGUUUCGCUACGCUUUGCUAGUCAUGGGAGGAACAGUCAUCGCAGUUUGCAGGCUGACUUCAGGUGAAUACGCAUACUUUGACCCUCACCCACGACUUGGAUGAGAAAAAGAUUUACGCCAAUCCCGAGGUAACUGC